CUAGAUGCAAGCACAGCGAUGAGGUCAUGCAAAAAUGUGAUUCAGAGACUUGAUAUUCUCCGAAAACGCUGGUAUCGAGUUGGGUAGAAAUCCAGUCCAGCAAAAGGAACAUUUGGAACAAAGCUCCGUUUUAUAUCACCUCAAGCGAACAAGAAGAACUUUUAUCCCUAAUCAUGAGCACAGCGGCUGUCUACAUCCCAGACCAACAACCUCCGUCUGUAACGGCCUGGAAAGCAGGAAAUGCCACGGCGAUUACCGUGAACAACUCGGGUCGGGAGCCUGCAGUCCAAACAUGGAGGGACGGUCAGCCCGUCGAGACUACUUUCAACCCGGAGCGAAUUCAACCGCAAUAUCAAGCCCAAGAUGAACUUGACCGUCUCAGAAACUAUUCUACCCGGCUUAACUUGACAAACUCUGGUGGCUUUAAUCCAGACCAAUCUAACAAACCACCCAAUGUGGCCGCUACGUCUGUUGCUACAAAUGAGUCUGCGCAAAACUCUGUGAACCCCAAGAGCACCACAUCCCAGCAGGGGUUGGGCUCAUCUGAAGAGAAAGGCCAUGAACCUCGUGAGGGUGCAACCUACACUGAAGUCAAAGGUGACCCUCAGACUCACACGGUCACACUGAGCACCACUACUUACCGGCCUGCCGGCGGCCAUCUCAUCGAAGCUGUCGACACUUACACUUAUCGUCGUCCGGAAACAACCAACGGAGAGUAUGGCAAUUUCCCUCGUCGGACGCACUUCGAGCAUGAAGUUGAUGAGCGGGGGAGUGAAGUCUUUGCUAAUGGAGGCAAAAUUGUGAAGAAUGGAGACAGGGUCGUCCCGCUGGGAGGACCUGGCUCAGCCGAAGAGCGACCUGGGUUGGCGAGGCAUGGCAAUGCCCUUUGAUGACAGAUUGUCAUCACUGGCGAUUAAAAUGUAAAGAGAACGACGGGCUGUAAACGGAUGAAAUGCUUGUAGGCAGCACAUAUCUUCAACAUGCUUUUUGUGCAUUAAUAUCUCCCAAAUCAU